AUGUUCUCACUAAAAUCGAUCUUAGCUACUUCUUUGGUAGCUUCCACUGCAUUCGCUCAUUUCACUCUCGAUUAUCCUACUUCGAGAGGCUUUGACGAUGAUAACGAACCUCAAUACUGCGGUGGUUUCCCCAAUGUAGCUUCACCAAGACAAUCUUUCCCCUUAGGUCAAGGUCCAAUCUGGAUCGACUCGCACCACACUCUGGCAACAGUCGUAGCGUUCAUCUCGACCUCUUCCAGUCCCACUUCAUUUGACGAUUUCAACACCACUUCCAACGGGACCAGUAUCCCUUUGGCCAGUCCGAUCUUCCAGGUCAAAGAAGGGGAAGCUUGUUUUAAUGUUGAUUUGGGUGGAUUGGGCGUAGGUUUGACUAAUGGGAGUCAAGUGACAUUGCAAGUUCAAUAUGACGGUGGCGACGGAAACCUCUAUCAAUGUACCGACCUGGUCUUGAUCGAGGGAUACUCUGUCCCAUCAAAUGAAACAUGUACCAACGACGCUUCCACCGCAUCUAACGCUUCCACUACGACUUCGGGCGCAGCCACCAGUGCAGCUUCUACCGCGUCCUCAUCUCCCUCCGCGUCAGCCUCGGCCUCUGGAUCAUCUAGUGGUGCGUUUGCGAGAAUUGAAGUAGCUGGUCUGGGUGUGAUAGGGGGUUUGAUCAGUGUAGCUGGAUUGGUUCUACUUUAG